AUGGCUCAGUACUUCGGCCUCGGCACCGGCGUUCCAUUCCCUCCUGUCUACAAGAUGGCCUACCAGAUCGCAGUCUUCUUCGUCUUUGAGGAUGCGUGGCACUACUGGAUGCACCGCGCCUUCCACUGGGGUCCCCUCUACAAGGCCUACGCAUCGCCCAUUGAAGUCAUGAGCUUGGGUUUCGGCACCGUCGGUAUUCCCAUCGUGUGGUGCGCCAUCACCAAGGACCUCCACAUCCUGACCAUGUACAUCUGGAUCGUCCUCCGCCUCUUCCAAGCCAUCGACGCACACUCUGGCUACGAGUUCCCCUGGUCGCUCCACCAUUUCCUUCCCUUCUGGGCUGGCGCCGAGCACCACGACGUUCACCACGAAAAGUUCAUUGGCAACUACUCGAGCUCUUUCCGCUGGUGGGACUAUGUUCUGGACACCGAGGCCGGCCCCGAGGCUUCCAAGAGAAGAAGAGAGAAGAAGCUCGCAAAGGCCAGAAAGGCCCAGUAA